CGGGAGCAGAGCGCGGGCGGACUCGGACUGGGCCCCGGGCGGGCGGGACAGACCGCGGCGCGGCCGGAGCGCUGGGCCGGCGCGCAUGGAGGACGACGAGGAGGAGAUCACUGCAGCCACGCUGCGGGACAAGACCCGGCCGCCGCCCAUCUCGGCGCUGUCGGCCUUCAGCUACAUCCCGCCGCGGCGCCUGGACCCCAAGGAGCACAGCUACUACUACCGCCAGGGCCAGACAGGAGUUGUUUCCCUCUAUGACUGCGUUUUUCAGAGGAACUUAGAUUAUGAUCAGAGGUUGCACCGAGAUGACAGAGAACACGCAAAAAGCCUGGGACUUCGUGUUAACGAAGAGGAGCAGGAAAGGCCCGUGGGCGUGCUGACGUCUUCUGUCUACGGGAGGCGCAUCCAUCAGCCCGUUGAGCCGCAGAACCGGGACCACCGCCGCGCCAAUCACGUGCGGGCCGACUUCUACCGGAAGAACGACAUCCCCAGCCUCAAGCCGCCCGGCUUUGGGUACAUUGGGCCAGCCUGAAGCGAUCCCUGUGGCCCGCAGGGCAUGUCAGGUGCCCCCUGGCAAG